UUGCACUAAAAAUUUAACAUUGUCUCAUAGUAGCUACACCUCUAACUUGGACUGAUCAUACGAACGUUGUUCGGAUUGGAACAGGAUUGGAGGAAUUAAAGUGUCCGGUGAUACUGCAUGGAGAUGCCUUCUGGCAGGCAGAGAACUCUACAAUUAGUGUGGGCGUGAGUGAGUCUCGUGAGUAUCAAUGACUUUUGUUUGUUUGCAAAUCAACGUCAGCACUGUAAAGCUCGAGUCUGCUGCUUCAGUGAUCUUCGGUCAUGUCGGAUAUUCAAGAUCAUUUCAAUGUUCUCAUUGUUUGCGCUUUGGAGUCAGAGCUGCAGACCGCAAAAACAGUUCUAGAAAACGGAACGAAUGGCAACUUUGAAAGCAAAUACACACAUCCCAGGGAUCUCAGCAGCCUCAACGUGAGAGUGUGUGAAGGAUGGAAUUCUACGGAGAUGAAGGUGGGCAUGGUCGCACAAACAGCUAUGGGAGGGAGAGAGAGUCAAAGGUUGCUUUCCAAUCUUACCAAGUACUUCACGGCUACCGUAGUCGUGAUGCCAGGGAUCUGCGCUGUAGAAGAGAACGUACAUGGCCAAGUGGAGCACGGUUGUGUGUUUGUCGUGAACCGAAUGACAGCAGAGAUGGGAGGGAGAGUGGAUGAAGGCGGGGAAUUCCAAGCUACAGCACAAUACUGUGAGCUCAACGAGGGUAUUGACGUGUGAAGCAUCGAGAGAUUUGUGUGGGAGUCAUUUAUGCUGCCUGCUCGCCGGUGGGAAAGUGAGCCAUCCUGGAGAGUCGAAAUGUCGGAUAUCGCUAUUGGGAGCCGAUCACACAAAACCUAUCGCAGAGUAUGCGACCGUCGAGUGCAUACAACGAAGCGAGGUGUAUGGGUAUGCGUGUUCGUUGAACGAUCUCAACUUCUGUUGUUCGCCAUUGCAAGUACGGUGGCACGUUGAGAAGUCGGUUUACAUCGCUCGUGUUGUCACAUUUGGUUUCUUUGUGAUUCUAGUGUUACAAGCUGCUUCGCUUCAAUAUUGCGAAGCUAUUGCUCUAUCGGUUUGCUUGAUUCCGGGCAAGUUUAUGCCCAAAAUUGUCAGUCAACUGUACGAGAAAAGCGACGAGUUGUCUUUUACAACGAAACUUGACAUUAUUAAAGCCUCUGAGUCUGACCGUAGUCAAUGGCACUUGGCGAAUGAUUUUGGCAUUGGAAAACCCCAAGUUGGCAGCAUUUUGAUGGAUUGGUCUACAUGUACGAAUGCCAGUGUGACAAUUAGGGGCAGUUGA